CCCUUCUCCUCUUUCUCACACGACUACCUGCCUUUGGCUCAACCAUGAUCUUUUCCUCCACCCUCUGACAACACCCCCAUUCUCUCCAAAGCCGCCAUUACUCCUCCCUGCUUAUUUACACCUUUAUUCACUAGAAUUAAGUCGAUUGACUGAUUCACCAUGAGGUUCGGGGAGCAUCUCCGAUCUUCAAUGAUCAAAGAGUACUACUGGUACUACAUUGCCUACGAGGACCUGAAAAAGGCCCUCAAAACCGGAUACGUCACCGAGCCUACGCCCGAAAACGCGAGGCCCGACCGCCAGCCCUGGUCGGAGGAUGACGAGAAGCACUUCGUGACCCUGCUGGAAAGCGAAUUGGAUAAGGUGUUCAACUUCCAGAGAAUUAAGAGCGCCGAGAUCGCCCGUCGCAUUCAAGCUAGCGAGACGGAAGUCAAUGAUGUGGUUUCCCGCUUGGACAGCAGCUCCAGCUCUCGUUCAGACAGUGCCUCAAAUUCGCGUUCCCACCGAAGGCCGCCUUCCGACGAGGACUUCUUGAUGCUCGAGCAGGUAUUGAGUGACAUCAUUGCCGACGUCCACGACCUGGCAAAGUUCACCCAACUUAAUUACACUGGUUUCCAAAAAAUCAUCAAGAAACACGAUAAACAAACCGGCUGGCACCUGAGGCCAGUUUUUGCUGCGCGACUCAAUGCGAAGCCGUUUUUCAACGACAAUUAUGAUGCGCUCGUGGUCAAGCUGUCGAAGCUCUAUGACCUGGUUCGUACCAAGGGUAAUCCAGUCAAGGGUGAUUCUGCAGCCGGAGGCACUCAGCAGAACUUCGUCCGUCAGACGACCAAAUACUGGGUCCACCCGGACAACAUCACUGAGCUGAAGCUGAUCAUCCUCAAGCACCUUCCUGUGCUGGUUUUCAACCCUAGAAAAGAGUUCGAGGAAAAGGACGCUGCCAUUUCCUCCAUCUAUUACGACAACACCGAUACCUGGGAACUGUAUCAAGGCCGCCUGAAGAAAACCGAGGGAGCUGAAGCUAUCCGACUGCGUUGGUAUGGUGGCAUGGAAAGUGAUCAGAUCUUUGUGGAGAGAAAGACUCAUCGGGAGGAUUGGACCGGAGAGAAGUCAGUCAAGGCGCGUUUCUCCCUCAAGGAGAAGCAUGUCAAUGCCUAUCUAUCCGGUCGCAUGACGGUCGAGAGCAUCUUCGAAAAGAUGCGCCGGGAAGGCAAGAAGAGCCCCGAGGAAAUCGACAGCUUAGAGCAACUGGCGAGGGAGAUCCAAUACCGCGUCAUCACGCGACGCCUGGUACCUGUGACUCGAUCUUUCUACCACCGCACUGCUUUCCAGCUUCCCGGAGACGCUCGCGUGCGUAUUUCGCUCGACACGGAAUUGACAAUGACCCGCGAAGACAACCUCGACGGUCGCAAGAGGACUGGAGACAAUUGGCGACGCAUGGAUAUUGGCGUGGAUUAUCCUUUCUCCCAACUGCCCCCAGAGGACGUGGAGCGCUUCCCUUACGCUGUCCUGGAAGUGAAACUUCAAACCCAAGCGGGCCAAGAGCCGCCCCAGUGGAUCAGAGACCUGACUGCCAGCCACCUGGUCGAAGCGGUCCCGAAAUACAGUAAAUUCAUUCAUGGCACUGCUACCCUCUUCCCUGACCGCAUCAAUCUUCUUCCUUUCUGGAUGCCCCAGAUGGACGUUGACAUUCGGAAGCCGGCAACACGCAAGUUCGGUAUCCAGCGGCCUCCGGUUAGCGCAUCAUUGUCCACCACCGAGACACCCGAGGAUGAUGAAUCGGAUGAGGAAGACUCGAACGAAGCACGGUGGGUUGAAGACACGAACAGAGCCCAGGGCAUCUCUGCCGAUCAGGAAGCUCUGUUUGCAGACACCGAUGGAAACGCCCUGGACAUUGAGGAGCGCAUCGCUGCUCAACCGCUCCCGGGAGACGAGGAUUACCCGUUGUAUGAUUCGGAUGCAGAGUCCGUUGAUUCUGACGAACUGGAGGAGGCACGCCGUGUUGGUGGGACAUAUUACUACAAGAAAUUGGCCAAGUUUUACGUCCAUCAGGCCGGAAAUGCCAUGGUCCACGGCCUCACGGCGCUCAUCCCACGGCCUCGACCAACCAGUCUCCCGCCCCCUGAACAAAACGGAAUUGCCGUUAUGGGCAACAAGCGCACGGUGAAGCGAUUCCAAGCUCCCAAGGGCAAGCGCAUCCAUGUCCCCGUCCGCGUCGAGCCGAAAGUCUAUUUUGCCGCAGAACGAACCUUCCUCUCGUGGCUUGAAUUUUCCAUUCUCCUUGGUACCAUCGCAGCUACACUCCUCAACUUCGGGGACGACUACAUCACCUUUGCAUCCUCCUGGGCCUUCACAGUACUGGCAGCGAUCGCCCUCCUAUACAGUCUUAUGCUUUACGUCUGGCGUGUGGACAAGAUUCGCAAGCGCCGCGACGUCAAGCGCGUUUAUUACGAGAAGUGGGGACCGACUGUCGUUGGUCUUGGAUUGGUGGUUAUCGUUAUGGUCAACUUUGGUCUUCGUGCUCGCCAAGCGGGAUUUUUGGCUAAAGGUGAUCUCAACUCUGAUGUUCCGCAUGGAGGCGAGCUGUGACGGCCUUCUUCAAGUCUCAUUGAUCAACUUGUUGCGUUGGAAUGAACUAUUUGGGUAAACUGACUCUCUUCUGGAGUAUGUCCGCCAUACUCUGCCGAUCUUGUUCGGUCGAAACCAAAGGGGAAGCUGUAUUGAUUAUUAUGGGUUGAUUGUAUAAAAGCAUGUGUAUGAAUUGUCCUUGUCUUCCUGCCUUGUUCUGUUCAGAUACCAGAUCCUGUUCUAUGAUGAAUUGAUUACUCAAAUGCGAGGCGAAGAAAGAGAGCACAAGAGAUUGGUAUAGUUAGUUUAGUAUGGUAUAA